AUGAACAAAAUUUUAUUGUUCCUUACAAUCAUUUCUUUAGUCCUUUCUCUUCAAGAAACCACUAAACAUACAGAUUGCUUAAAUCAGUAUUGCAAUGCAGAAGUGGAUGCUUGUCGAAAAGAUUAAACUUGGUAAUCAUAUGAUCAUUUAUUCUAGCAAAAAAGAAAUUUCUAAUUGUUAUAAGACUGCUAUGGAUGAUCUAUCACCUGCUGGUAUCUAAAGAAGCAAAACAGCUGUAAAAAUCAUUAUUUUUAUUUAAAGUAUGAUUUAUGUUUAAGUACUAAUUCUUAUGCCAAAGUUUAAAAUUUAGCAAAAUGCAAGUAGAGAAAUUGUCCAAAUAAAUUAUUGAUCAUAUGAUUUAAAAGAG